AUGGCGUCGUGGACUUCAUCCCAAUUCCUGUAUGAAGAAACCAAGCCAUGUGGAAUUCAGUUCCUUGAACGGUUUAAACGUUCAGGAAGACUCUCCUUCAAGCAGUACCAAGCCCUUGUCUUUAUCUUGACAUUUGUCGCCUAUAUCGCCUUCCAUGCCGCACGAAAGCCCAAUAGCAUUGUCAAGGGAACGCUAUCCGCGUCAACUGUCAAAGGCGGUUGGGCUCCCUUUGAUGGACCCGAUGGAACAGCGUUGCUCGGACAGAUCGACUUGGCUUUCCUCUCUGUCUACGCAGUUGGGAUGUUUGUGGCAGGUCACUUGGGCGAUCGUUUGGAUCUCAGGACGUUUCUUACCAUUGGUAUGAUCGGGACCGGCCUUUUCACUGCUCUCUUUGGGGUUGCCUUCUGGGCUGAUUUCCACAGGUUCUACUAUUUCUUGGCCGUUCAGGUUAUGGCGGGUUGGUUUCAGUCGAUAGGUUGGCCUUGUGUUGUGGCCGUUCUUGGGAAUUGGUUUGACAAGAAGAGGAGAGGGAUGAUUAUGGGUAUUUGGAGCGCUCACACAUCGCUCGGUAACAUCGCAGGGUCUCUGCUCGCGUCCGGGCUUCUUAAAUAUGGAUGGGGUUGGUCAUUUCUUGGUCCGGCUUGGCUCAUGACUUUUCUCGGAAUCGUUGUUUACCUUUUCUUGCCGGUGAACCCUCCGACCGUUGGGGCAGAGAGAGAUGGGACCGAAGUUGACUCAACGAUGAGGCUCGGUGACACCAUUACAGAGAGCUUCUUGACCUCUAGGAUGAGUACUGGAUUCGAUGAUAGAAAAGCCAUCGGGUUCAUGGCCGCUUGGAAAAUUCCCGGUGUUGCUCCUUUCGCCUUCUGCCUCUUCUUCACCAAGUUGGUCUCAUACACUUUCCUCUACUGGCUUCCUUUCUACGUCAGCCACAACAUGAUUGGAGGAGAGUACCUGUCUGAAGAGACAUCAGGAAACUUGUCGACACUCUUCGACGUAGGAGGUGUUGUUGGCGGAAUCUUAGCAGGGUACGUCUCCGAUCAACUCAACGGUAGAGCCAUCACAGCAGCAGGAUUCAUCUACAUGGCGAUCCCAGCUCUGUUCCUCUACAGAGUCUUCGGACAUAUCUCGAUGACGAUCAAUGUGAUCCUCAUGUUCACAUCAGGAAUAUUUGUAAACGGACCGUUUGCUCUCAUCACAACAGCAGUUUCAGCUGAUCUCGGUACACACAAAUCUCUCAAAGGAAAUGCUAGAGCUUUGGCUACAGUCUCGGCUAUUAUAGAUGGCACAGGAUCUGUUGGUGCAGCGUUAGGACCAGUGCUUACUGGUUACGUCUCUGCGAUUAGCUGGGAUGCAGUGUUUUACAUGCUGAUGACUGCAGCUUUUAUCUCUGGAUUGUUGCUCACUAAGCUUAUUGUAUCAGAAGUGAAGGAUAUGUUGUCUGGUGGAUCAUCUGAAGAAGAGCAAGUGGCUACAUCAUCUGAAUCUAGACCUCCCAUUGAUGUCAUUCUUUGA